GCCUUACAGAAGCCGAGCUGAAAGCAUCAUCCGCUUUGAGCGCUUAGGCUCAGUGAUUACAUCCUCUCAGAGCGAGACAGAGAGAAAGUCCUUUUACUUGCCAGUCUUUAGGUCGAAGUUGCAUUUGUUAUCGAUGCCGGCAGCGCGCCAUUAGGACUUUUUGCUUAUUCUUCUUUUCCUGCUCAUGUGGAAUUUUCUGUGUUGUUGUUCCUGUGUGACUUUGUGUGAAGAAGGGGCUGUCUGUUCUGAGCACAGGGAGUGUUGGCUAUGCGUCUUGGCUCCAGCCUGUAAUGUUUGCACUGACGCCAAAACUCACAGACCGGUGCAGAAUUGAUUAAAACAGAGAAGCUCGGAUCAAAUGGCUGUGUUUCUCACAGCUGAAACGACACAAUGUUCCACUGACCCGAGGCACAGGAGAGGAAUUUCACAAUCGGGACAGCCUUGUUGCUGUUUAUUUCACUGCCGUUUUACGGACAAAGGAAAUGGGAAAUGCUCAUUUGUUGUAAGAAAAGUGAAUAACACGUUUUUGUUUUCGUCUUGAAGUGCACUUUGUGAAAGGGAGGGGAGAUGAUUUGGUUAAUAUUCCUGCUCUCCAUCCUGGAUGGAGCUAUCUCUCAGCUACACUACUCCGUGCCAGAGGAGCAGGAACCUGGCUCGGUGGUUGGGAAUAUUGCAGAGGAUUUGGGACUUGACAUUACCAAACUUUCUGCUCGCCGCUUUCAGACGGUGCCUAGUUCACGGACACCUUAUCUGGAGGUGAACUUAGAGAACGGUGCGCUCGUCGUGAAGGAGAAAAUUGACCGCGAAGAAAUCUGUAAGCAAACCAUCCCGUGCCUAUUGCACCUGGAGGUGUUUCUGGAGAACCCACUGGAGCUCUUUCGCGUGGAGAUUGAGGUGAUGGAUAUCAACGACAAUCCACCCAGCUUUCCUGAGACAGACAUUUCCGUGGAGAUAUCGGAAAGCGCCAUCCCGGGGACCCGUUUCCCGGUGGAGAAUGCCUUCGACCCUGACGUGGGCACAAACGCGCUUAGCACAUAUGCCAUCACGAAUAAUAAUUAUUUUUACCUUGACGUGCAGACACAGAGCGACGGGAACAAGUUCGCAGAGCUGGUGCUGGAGAAGCCGCUGGACAGGGAGCAGCAGGCGGUGCACCGCUAUGUGCUGACGGCUGUGGAUGGGGGCAUGCCGCAGCGGACGGGGACGGCUCUCUUGGUGGUUAAAGUUCUGGACUCCAAUGAUAACGCGCCCACCUUUGACCAGUCUGUGUACUCUGUUAACCUGCGAGAAAACUCUCCUGUGGGCACUCUGGUCAUUCAGCUCAACGCCACGGAUGUUGACGAGGGGCAAAACGGGGAAAUAGUUUAUUCUUUCAGCAGUCACAACGCCCCGCGGAUAAAGGACUUAUUCAAUAUUGAUGCCAGAACAGGUAGGAUAGAGGUCACAGGUGAGGUGGACUAUGAGGAGAGCAGCACGCAUCAGAUUUAUGUCCAGGCUAAAGAUCUGGGGGCUAAUGCGGUCCCCGCGCACUGCAAAGUGCUGGUCAAACUCGUGGACGUGAACGACAACACUCCAGAAAUUGGUUUCAGUACUGUGACUGAAUCCGUGAGCGAGCAGGACGCCCCAGGCACCGUGAUUGCACUGUUUAGCGUGUCAGAUCGGGACUCGGGUGAGAAUGGACAUAUGAGCUGCGAGAUAUUAGGAGACGUUCCUUUUAAGCUGAAAUCCUCUUUUAAAAACUACUACACCAUCGUGACAGAGGGAUCACUGGACAGAGAGAACACAGACUCCUACACCAUCACUGUGGUGGCCAAAGAUAAGGGUCAGCCGUCGCUCGCCACCAGCAAGUCUAUUAAAGUGCACGUGUCUGAUGAGAAUGACAACGCGCCCCGAUUUACUCAGGCUGUUUAUGAUGUGUAUGUGACUGAGAAUAAUGUGCCCGGUGCUUUCAUUCAUGCCGUGAGCGCUCUGGACCCUGAUAUAGGACAAAACGCUUUGAUUACUUACUCCAUAUUGGAGUGCGACAUACAGGGCAUGUCUGUGGAUACCUACGUAUCCAUAAACCAGGACACCGGCUACCUUUAUGCGCUGCGCUCUUUUGAUUACGAGCAGCUAAAGGAGUUUAGCUUCAUGGUCCAGGCUAAAGACUCGGGUGCUGCUGAGCUCUUCUCUAAUGCCACUGUAAAUGUGAUUAUAGUUGACCAAAAUGACAACGCUCCCACUGUAAUAGCCCCCAUCGGUAAAAACGGUACAGCCAAAGAACACCUGCCGCGCUCUGCGGAGCCUGGCUACCUGGUGACGCGCAUCGUGGCUAUGGAUGCAGAUGAUGGAGAGAACGCACGGCUGUCCUACAGCAUCCUGCGGGGCAACGAGAUUGGGAUGUUCCGCAUGGACUGGAGGACCGGAGAGCUGAGGACAGCCCGCAGGAUCUCUCCCAAGCGGGACCCGCAGGGCUUCUACGACCUGCUGAUUGAAGUGAGGGACCACGGGCAGCCUCCUCUCUCCUCCUCGGCGAGUGUGAGCGUAAUGUUAGUGGACAGCGUGGUCGAAGGCCGCAGCGGGGAUCUUGGUUCGGCCUCCAGGGCAAAUGAUACCUCCCUUGACCUCACCCUCAUUCUCAUCAUCGCCUUGGGCUCCGUGUCAUUCAUCUUUCUCCUGGCUAUGAUCGUGCUGGCCGUGCGUUGUCAAAAGGACAAGAAACUCAACCUGUACACGUGCCUGCUGGCCGGUGACUGCUGCCUGUGCUGUGGCUCGUGCUGUAGCAGACAGGCUCGCGGCCGAAAACAAAAGAAGCUGAGUAAAUCCGACAUCAUGUUAGUUCAGAGCACCAACGUGACGUCAGGGGUCGGGCCCAUGGGGCAGGUGCCCGUGGAGGAGUCUGGUAUAGGCAGCGUGGGAGGGGGCUUCGGCUCCCAUCACCACCAGAACCAGAACUCCUACUGCUACCAGGUGUGUCUGACUCCAGAGUCCGCCAAAACGGAUCUGAUGUUCCUCAAACCGUGCAGCCCCUCCCGCAGCACUGACACGGAUCACACCAACCACUGCGGCGCCAUAGUCACGGGCUACAGUGACCAACAACCGGACAUCAUAUCCAAUGGAAGUAUUCUCUCUAAUGAGACAAAACACCAACGAGCAGAACUCAGCUACCUGGUGGACAGACCCAGACGGGUCAACAGUUCGGCAUUCCAAGAGGCAGACAUUGUCAGCUCCAAAGACAGUGGUCACGGUGACAGCGAACAGGGUGACAGUGACCACGAUGCCACCAACCGGGGUCAUUCAGCGGCUGGGAUGGGCUCCAGCCCCCGUGACCCUUAA